AUGCCUAAGGCGGAAUCAGAUAUUCUUAAAAAAAUUAAAAACAAGCAGCUUCGGAGCCAAAUAUAUGGCGAAAUGAAGAAGCAGGAAGAAAAAGAGAAGUUGAAGCUGCGAAGAGAAAGGAGGAAAGAAGAGCUAGAACAUCCAGAGUUGAAGGAAAAAAGAUUGACAGAGAAUGUUCCAGCAACAAUCGACUCCAAAAGAGUCUUUGAUGAGACGGUGAAUGCACAGGUUGAAGGACAGGAUGAUUUCGAAGAGUACUUUAAGAAUCCAGAAAAAGAUCCUAAAAUACUGUUGACAACAAAUGCACACGCACAUAAACAAGCAUACGAGUUUGCAGCCAUGCUCGUGGAGAUAAUACCGAAUACAACAUUUGUCAAGAGAAAGCGCCAAUAUAGUAUGAAGGAUAUGGCAAAAUAUUGCACGCACAGAGAGUUUACACACUUAAUUGUGAUUAAUGAAGAUAAGAAAGAAGUAAACGGUAUGACCCUUAUACAUCUUCCGGAAGGACCAACAUUUUAUUUCUCUAUAAACUCACUCGUGAAAAGAAAGCAGAUAACAGGCCAUGGAAGUCCAACCGACCAUAUUCCAGAGUUGAUUCUCAACAAUUUUACCACAAGGCUAGGAAAGACUGUCGCAAGACUUUUCCACUCACUCUUCCCUCACAGACCGGAAUUCCAGGGAAGACAGGUUAUAACGCUGCAUAAUCAGCGUGACUACAUCUUCUUCCGUAUGCAUAGAUACAUCUUUCAGGAGAAUAAGCGUGUGGGACUCCAGGAACUUGGCCCCGAGUUUACAUUAAGGCUAAGAAGGAUUCAGAAAGGUAUAAAGGGAGAAGUUGCUUGGGAAUAUACCACGGCAAUGUAUAAGGACAAAAAGAAGUUCUACUUGUGA